UUCAGUACGCGGAGACGUGCGUCUUGAAGUCAGUUCUAUUUGUGACGCAGUUCGCGCUGCAUCUCCUCAUUGGUUUAUAGAAGCAGCCCAAUCAAGCAGGAGAGACCAGCCUCCCCUGUUCCCAGCUGUGUGUCCAUGAAGAGUGACCAGUCUAUGAAUCCUCCUUUAACCUUUAGAGAGGAGCUUGCUGACACACUGGAGAAAUAUUCAGAUGAGCUUGCUGUGAUUUGCCAACGUGAACUCAAAUCUAAUCUAAAGCAGAAGUUUCAAUGUGUGUUUGAGGGGAUCGCUAAACAAGGAAACCCAACACUUCUCAAUAAGAUCUACACAGAGCUCUACAUCACAGAGGGUGGAACAGGAGAGGUCAAUAAUGAACAUGAGCUGAGACGGAUUGAGACAACAACCAGGAAACAAGCAAGACCAGAGACUCCAAUCAAAUGUAACGACAUCUUCACACCCUUAACUGGACAAGACAAACUUAUCAGAACUGUGCUGACAAAGGGAGUCGCUGGCAUUGGAAAAACAGUCUCUGUACAGAAGUUCAUUCUGGACUGGGCUGAAGGAAAAGCAAACCAGGAUGUCCAAUUUGUAUUUUCAUUCCCUUUUCGGGAGCUGAAUUUGAUGAAAGAGGACAACCACACUUUCAUUGAACUUCUUAAUCACUUCUCAAUGGAAAACAAACAAUCAGGAAUCUCCAGCUACAACAAGUACAAAGUUCUGUUCAUCUUUGAUGGUCUGGAUGAGUGCCGACUGCCCCUAGACUUCCAGAAGAACAAGAUCUGUUGGGACGUCACAGAUUCAACCUCAGUGGAUGUUCUGCUGACAAAUCUCAUCAGGGGAAAUCUGCUUCCCUCUGCUCUCCUCUGGAUAACUACCCGACCUGCAGCAGCCAAUAAGAUCCCUUCAUGGUGUGUUGACCAGGUGACAGAGGUACGAGGGUUCAAUGACUCACAGAAGGAGGAGUACUUCAGGAAGAGAUUCAGUGAUGAGGACCUGGCCAGCAGAAUCAUCUCACACAUAAAGACAUCAAGGAGCCUCCACAUCAUGUGCCACAUUCCAGUCUUCUGUUGGAUUUCUGCUAUAGUCCUUGAACACAUGCUAAAACACAAGAGAGAAGAGAUGCCCAAGACUCUGACUGAGAUGUACACACACCUUGUUGUGUUUCAUACCAAACAGAAGAAUGAAAAGUAUCUUGGGAAAGAAGAGACAGGUCCACACUGGAAUAAAGAGAGCAUUCUGUCACUGGGAAAACUGGCUUUUCAACAGCUUGUGAAUGGCAAUCUGAUUUUCUAUGAAGAAGACCUGAAAGAGUCUGGCAUUGAUGUUAAUGAAGCCUCAGUGUACUCAGGAUUGUGCACACAGCUCUUUAAAGAGGAAUGUGGGCUGUACCAGGACAAGGUGUACUGCUUUGUUCAUCUGAGCAUUCAGGAGUUUCUGGCUGCUGUAUAUGUGUUCCUCUCAUUCAUCAACAACAAUGAGAAUCUAAUGGCCAAACUGCAAACAAAGUCCAGUGUCUUUUCUUCACUGUUCAGAGAGAAGCCUAAAGUUACUGAAGUUACUUUCUACAAGAGUGCUGUGGAUAAAGCCUUACGAAGUGAGGCAGGAAACCUGGACCUUUUCCUCCGCUUCCUUCUGGGCCUCUCACUGGAGUCCAAUCAGAAGCACUUACGAGGUCUACUGACAAAGACAAGAAGCAGCUCACAGAGCCAUGAAGAAACAGUCAAGUACAUCAAGGAGAAGAUCAGGGAGAAUCCCUCUCCAGAGAGGAGCAUCAAUCUGUUCCACUGUCUGAAUGAACUGAAUGACCAUUCUCUAGUGGAGGAGAUCCAAAGAUACCUGAACUCAGGAAGUCUCUCAAAACCCAACCUGUCACCUGCACAGUGGUCAGCUCUGGUCUUUGUGUUGCUGACUUCAGAAAAGGAGCUGGAUGUGUUUGACCUGAAGAAAUACUCCAGAUCAGAGGAAGGUCUUCUGAGGCUGCUGCCAGUGGUCAAAGCCUCCAGAGCUGCUCUGCUGUCAGGAUGUGGAGUCACAGAGGAAGGCUGUGCUUCUCUGCUCUCAACUCUGGAGUCAAACCCCUCACACCUGAGAGAGCUGGACCUGAGUAACAAUGACCUGAAGGAUUCAGGAGUGAAGCUGCUCUCUGCUGGACUGGAGAAUCCCCACUGUAAACUGGAGACUCUGAGGCUGUCAGGCUGUCUAGUCACAGAGGAAGGCUGAGAGAGCUGGACCUGAGCUACAAUCACCCAGGAGACUCAGGAGUCAGACUGCUCUCUGCUGGACUGGAGGAUCCACACUGCAGACUGGAGAAACUCAAUGUGGAACAUGGUGGAGAGAACAGAAUGAAACCUGGACUUAGAAAAUAUGUCUGUGAUCUCACACUGGACCCAAACACAGUAAACAGACUCCUCUCUCUGUCUGAGGAGAACAGAAAGGUGACAUGUAGGACAGAGGAGCAGCCGUAUCCUGAUCACCCAGAGAGAUUUGAGGUCUGGGGACAGGUGCUGUGUAGAGAGGGUCUGACUGGGCGCUGUUACUGGGAGGUAGAGUGGAGUGGGAGAGAGGCUGAUAUAGGAGUGACAUAUAAAGGAAUCAGCAGGAGAGGAAGGGGUUAAGGACUGUUAUCUUGGAUGGAAUAACAAGUCCUGGAGUCUGAACUGCUCUGACAACAUUUACUCUGCCUGGCACAAUAAUAAUCACACUACCAUAGACGUCCCCUCCUCCAGCUCCCACAGAGUAGGAGUGUAUCUGGACUGGCCAGCCGGCACUCUGUCCUUCUAUAGAGCCUCCUCUGACACACUGACCCACCUGUACACAUUCACCUCCACAUUCGCUGAGCCCCUCUAUCCAGGGUUUAGGGUUUGGUGGGAUGGCGACUCAGUGUCCCUCUGUCAGUGACACACACACACUGGACAAACACACACACACACACACUGGACAAACACACACUGGACAAAUACACACACACACACACACACUGGACACACACACUGGACACGCACACACACACUCUGUACACACACACACUGGGGACACUCUGGACACACACACACAUGUGUUGUCUUCUAUGUUGAAAAACUAAUUAUACAAUUAUAUCUGGACAUACGCUCCAUAGUUGCACAAGUAUACAAAGAUAUAUUGUACUUUUCAUAAUAAAACACACUUGAAACAAGAAAAGGCUGUUAAUUGUGAAAACAGUUUGUAUUUCAUGUUUAUUGAUUUUACGUUUCCUCUGUCAGGUUGAUGUUAACCUGCGACUGGUUGAAACAUGAAACAAAUAUGAAAUGAAAUACAAAACAAUUAAAUAUGUGGAAUAGAAUUAAACUAAUUGUACAACAGAGUGUUGUAAUGCAGGGUUACUAUAGCUACAUAGUGUUGUAAUG